UCAUGGUCUGGUGUGGAAUCUAAAUUCCAGCUCUCUUUCUUUCUUUCCAUGGUCGUUUGUUUUACCGAUAAUCUUUUUUUUUUCCUUUCUACUGUGGUUGGAGAAUCUGAAUUCCUCGCACCGGAAUCCUGUUCUUUCUUUCGCGUUGGAUUUUCAUUUCCAUUUUUACCAAGCAAAAGACAGAAGCAGCCUUUUUUCCGACCUCAUUCUCUCAAGCAAGGCUCGCGGGAAGUGUAUUUCGUUGAGUCUCUUCAUUUGAGCUUGAAAUCGGUUGCUAGGUUUCUUGUAGAAUGGCGAAGGGUGGAUAUAAGCUUCAGGAAUUUGUGGCUCAUUCAGCCAAUGUGAACUGUCUAAGUAUUGGAAAGAAAACCUGUAGGCUUCUUAUAACAGGCGGCGACGAUCACAAAGUUAAUCUUUGGGCGAUUGGCAAGCCCACUUCUUUAAUGAGCCUGUGUGGUCAUACAAGUCCGGUUGAAUCUCUUGCUUUUGAUACGGCAGAUGUUCUGGUGCUUGCUGGAGCUUCUACUGGCGUGAUAAAGCUGUGGGAUCUGGAAGAAGCAAAGAUGGUUCGCACUCUUACUGGACACAGAUCCAAUUGUACUUCGGUUGAGUUUCAUCCAUUUGGUGAAUUCUUUGCAUCUGGUUCAAUGGAUGCAAAUCUAAAAAUAUGGGAUAUCAGAAAGAAAGGAUGUAUUCACACUUACAAAGGUCAUACUCAAGGAAUCAGUAAUAUCAGGUUUACUCCUGAUGGUCGCUGGGUUGUUUCUGGUGGAUAUGAUAAUGUUGUAAAGGUGUGGGAUCUUACUGCUGGAAAGCUCUUAAACGAUUUUAAGUUCCACGAAGGACACAUUCGAUCCUUAGACUUCCAUCCCCUUGAGUUUCUCCUGGCAACAGGUUCGGCGGAUGGAACUGUGAAAUUCUGGGAUUUGGAAACUUUUGAGCUGAUUGGAUCUACAAGACCUGAGGCUACAGGAGUGUGCACAACGACCUUUCAUCCUGAUGGACGGACUCUCUUCUGUGGCUUGGAAGAGGGUUUGAAGGUUUAUUCGUGGGAGCCAGUAAUUUGUCAUGAUUCUGUUGAUAUGGGAUGGUCGACACUCGUUGACCUUUGCAUUCAUGAUGGAAAACUUUUAGGUUGCUCAUACUAUCAAAAUUCAGUUGGCAUUUGGGUAGCAGAUACAUCGCUUAUCGAGCCAUAUGGAGCUGGUGGCUUUGUACCCAAACUAACUGACUGCACAGAGCAGAAAUGUGAUCUCCCUGGAAGUCUUUCGUUGGAGAAAGUAGGAAGUUGUGCAAGGUUGGGUUUUGGUUUACACUGUCCAGCUCCAGAUUAUGAGACAAAGGAAAUAAAGAACAUAUAUGUCGACUCUGCAAUUGGAAAUCCUGUUGCAUCACCGAGAACUGGGUCUUUGAGUUCUCCUAAAGUUCUCUUCCCAUUGAAUUCUGAGGAAAGUAAUCUUCAGACAUAUAACCAGGAUCCUGCGGCAUUGGUGCGUGCAAGCUUGAAUGGGCAGGGACAUGAUAAAUCUUUCAUUGUGCCAGGUUCUGUACCUCGUGAUACUCCUGACGCAAAAGAGACCUCCGAUUCCGGAAGGGAAUCAAUCACGUUUUCGAGAACAAAACCUGGCAUGUUACUUCGACCAGCUCAUACUAGGAGGCCGUCAACUACCAAGUGUGAUAUUGAUAAAGCAUCGGUGCCUAUUGAAGCCGGAACUCUGUGCAAUAUGAAAAGUGAGAAAGAGCAUUCAAAUGGUCCAAACCUCCAAAAACACCUUUUAUCAGAAGAUGGAGUUGGAAAAUCUUGUGGGCAAAAAGAUUCUAAUAUCAAAAAUGUUGUUUUUAAUGUUGAAAACAUUUUAUCACCACAAACGCCAUCCAACAAAUCAAAGCGCAAUGAAUCCUCAGAAUGUAACAACGAAAUCAACUCUGUUAAAAUUAUCAAUGGAGUUGCAGUUGUGGCGGGAAGGACACGCUCUUUGGUAGAGAGAUUUGAAAGACGAGAAAGACUUGAUAGCAAUGGAGAUGAAACAAUAAAUAUUACCCACCAAUCCCAACAAAAGCUUAAUAGCAAUGAGGGUCAAGAAACUAAUACUACUAAGAGUCAAGAAAAAUUUAAAAGUGAUGAUGGUCAAGCAACUAGCACUACUCAGAGACCAGAGAAAUUUUAUAGAGAUAGGGAUGAAUCCUCUAAUACGAUCCCUAGUCAAGAGAAGUUUAAUAGCAAUGUGGACCAAGCAACUAGUACUACACAGAGGCGAGAGAAAGUUAAUAGCAAUGGAGGCCAAGCACCUAGUACCACCCAGAUUCAAGAGAAAGUUAAUAGCAAUGGAGGUCAAGCAACUAGUACUACCCAGAUUAAAGAGAAAUUUAAUAGCAAUGACGACCAAGCAACUAGUACUACGCAGAGGCGGGAGAAAUUUUACAACAAUGGGGGUCAAGCAACUAGUACCACCCAGAUUCAAGAGAAAUUUAAUAGCAAUGAGGGCCAAGCAACUAGUACUAUGCAGAGAAGAGAGAAAAUUAAUAGCAAUGGGUCUCAAGCAAGUAACACUACCCAGAUUCAAGAUAAAUUUAAUAGCAAUGGGGGUCCAGCAACUAACACUAUGCAGAGACGAGAGAAAUUUAGUAGCUAUGGGGGCCGAGCAACUAAUGUUCCCCCGAGAUUGGCGAGAUAUCGCCGCAGUGAGGAUCAAGCAACUAUUAUGAACCCCCAUGUUGCACCUGAAAUGGAUAGAGCAUCUAAUCCGCAGACAGAUGAGCCUCGGAUUUCUGGAAGGGACUCGACCUUUGCUAAUCAUAGGGAUAUUACUGAAGAUCUGAUGCAAACUCAUGAUGUAUUCUUAAGUACCCUUCGAUCCCGCAUGACAAAAUUACAGGUGGUACGACAUUUUUGGGAACGGAAUGACAUCAAAGGGGCUAUUAGUGCCAUGAGGAAACUUCCAGAUACCUCAGUGCAGGCAGAUGUGAUCAGUGUACUCAUGGAGAAAAUGGAGAUCCUUAACUUGGAUUUAUUCUCUUGGUUGCUUCCUGUUCUUAUGAGCUUACUGGACAGCAAGAUAGAAAGGCACACAAAGAUCUCAAUGGAUAUGCUAUUGAAGCUUGUAGCAGUUUUUGGCCCAGUAAUACGCUCAACCAUGUCAGCACCUCCAGCUGUUGGCAUUGAUCUUCAGGCAGAGCAAAGGCGAGAAUGCUGCAACCAGUGCUUCAUCCAACUUCAAAAAAUCCAGAAAAUUCUCCCUUUACUUGUAAGGAAGGGUGGUUUGAUAGCCAAAUGUGCUCAGGAAUUGAAUCUAGUUCUUCGAGAAUCAUAAUUUGUGCUGCUGUCCAUACCUAGUCUCACGAAAUUGGGAAAGAGUGGUGCAGCUCGUCCCUUGUUACAGGAUAUGUUUGCAAUACAAGACCCUUUUUUACAUGUAAAUUCUCGUAUCCAACAACAUGUGCCCUGCUGCCUCCUGUUGCCUGAUUUUGUUGGUUCCUUGCAAGGCAAAGCUUGGAGAAGUACCGUCUAGUCUCGACUACCGUGACGUCGUAAAAUGAAGAUGGAACUCAUCUCCCAACUACGGAGGACCGAGCUUUCAGUGGUGCACAGGAAUAUGUUGUAAUUUUGAGCCUUAUAUAUAGUAUUUGUUCAAAUAUAAACGAAUCUCUCGGCCAUUCAGUGUAUACCAUAUAUAUUGUUGAAUGAAAAUUUUGAACUUCCUUGAGAA